AGCGCGUGGAGAGUCGCACAGAUGAAAGCAGAGCGAGGAUCUGGGAGGGAGGAAGGGAGGCAGCCACAGGCAGAUGAAAGCGGGAGAGAUCAAGUGGGAGACAAAAGGUAUGAGAUAGAUGUAGCAGAGGGAGCCAGGCGAGAGAAACAACAGUGACAGAGAGCAAUAGGACAGAAGGACUGAGCUGAGCUGUGCCGUGCUGGGCUGCGUAACACCACCGCCGUCAUUUCCCCCCUAACAGCCUCCGCCACGGAGCCCAGAGAGCGCACGAGUGGGCUGUGCAGAAGCAGGAGCCUGUUGCCUGGAUACCUCUGCUGUCGCCACGGCGGCAAAACGCCAGGAUUGAACGGUGCGUGUGUUUUCUGGCUGGUGCUGCUGCCAUGGGAAAAACACAGCUGGCUGACUGUCUGCAUGGCUCCAUCGCUGGCUGGCUGACUCGCUGACAUCGCACGUAUGAAUAAGGAAGGAAUCUCCCUGAUACGGGGGCUUUGAGCAGAGGAGGUGGGAGGCUGGGGGUGGGACUGGCACUCUGCUUUGGAUGAUGAAGAAAGCUGUUUGGUAGAGAGGGAGAGGAAGCAGAGAUUACCUUGGCGACCGAGUGAAAGAGAGGAAGCUAGGGGAGGCGAGACCCUGAGACGGGGGGGAGGGGAGAGGAGUGGGGCCAUGCAGAUCCAGUCCUCUGGAUCACAGUCCAAAGCUUCUAGCUUCAUCCUCAGUCAGAGAUGUGUGCUGGCCUCCAAAAUGGAAACCCACCGUGAACAGAGUAUCUGCCAGGCGCGUGCCGCUGUCAUGGUGUACGACGACGCCAAUAAGAAGUGGGUCCCAGCUGGAGGGUCUACGGGCUUCAGCAGGGUCCACAUCUACCACCAUACGGGCAACAACGCCUUCCGCGUAGUGGGACGCAAGAUCCAGGAUCACCAGGUGGUAAUAAACUGUGCCAUUCCCAAGGGGCUGAAGUACAACCAGGCCACGCAGACCUUCCACCAGUGGCGGGACGCCCGGCAGGUCUAUGGCCUGAACUUCGGCAGCAAGGAGGACGCCAACGUGUUUGCCAGUGCCAUGAUGCACGCCCUGGAGGUGCUCAACUCCCAGGACUCAGGCCCCACAUUGCCCAGACAGGGCCCCCAGGUUCAGAAUGGCCCCACGCCAGAAGAGAUGGAGCUGCAGAGAAGGCAGCUUCAGGAGCUGCAGAGGCAGAAGGAGAUGGAGCGGGAGCAUCAGGAGCGAGAGCGUCAGGAGAAGGAGCGCCUGGAGCGAGAGAUGCUGGAGCGCGAGCGUCAGGAGCGUGAACGUCAGGAACAGGAACGUCAGGAGCGUGAGGCGCAGGCUGAGCGGGAGCGCCUGGAGCAGCAGGAGCGCAGCGAGCGGGAGCUGCUGGAGAAGGCUGACAGGGAGCAGCAGGAGCAGUUGGACAGAGAGCAGCAGGACUGGGAGAGAGGGAGACGCAUCUCCAACGCCGCCUUCGAAAGCACCCUGUACACUCCCACGCCUCAGGAGUACAGCAGGACGUCCUCCACACCUGUAUCCCCAUCCAUGCCUACCUACCCAGCCCCCGGGACGCCCUCACCCUCCUCCACCACGCCGCCAACCCCGCCUCUAAGGCAUUCGGCCUCCAGAUUCGCCACCUCUCUUGGUUCUGCCUUCCACCCAGUCCUGCCUCACUACGCCACUGUCCCGAGGCGACAGCAAGCCUUCCCCCAAGCCCCGCCUACUGCUCUGGCCCCCGCCCCUGCCCCACCUCCUCCACCCAAGUCUGUGGUGUGGUCAGCGAGCAACUUCACUCCCCUGCCCCCCUCACCCCCUGUCAUGAUAAGCAGUCCCCCAGGGAAGGCUGCUGGUCCGCGGCCGCUCAUCCCCAUUGCAGCACCUUCCCCUCUCACCCAGAAGCCCCCCUCUCCGGCCCCCAACGGCCCACCCAUGUUCCCUGCACCUUCUCCCGUGACCAUCUUGCACAGCCACACCCCUAUCGGCAACGCCUGCCCCACCCCGCCUCCCCCACCUACCCCGCCCCCUCUCCCCUCCCCCAAAGCUCCCCCUCCGUCUUCCUCCUUCGUCUCGUCUUUCCCCUCCUCAUCCCAGGCUCCUGGUGUGCCCUCUCCCUCCACAGCGCCCCCUGCUGCUGCUGCUGCCGCCGCCUCUGCCUCUACUGAGCACCUCUCCCUCCACGUGGGCCUGGGCCUGUCGGGGCCGGGGGAGCCGGACACAGCUACAGGCCCAGAGGGGGGCUCCUCCUGUCAACCCCCGCCCCAGGACUUGGUGCAGACCCCAGGGUUGACCACCCCCACCCCUCCCCCACCUCCACCCCUGCCACCCAGCUCCACUGUGACCUCCAUCCCCUCCACCCCAGCCGGCCACCCUCCCCCUCCCCCACCUCCUCCACUCCCUCCUACACUGACUCCAGGCGGGACCCCCCCUCCUCCCCCAUGUCCCCCCCCUCCUCCUGGAGUCCCCCUCCCUCCCCCGGCACCUCCCCUUCCCGCCGGACUCUUCUGCCCUGCCGAGGAGCGUCCCGUCUCAGGACUGGCUGCCGCCCUCGCCGGAGCCAAACUGCGCAAAGUGCCAAGGAGUGACGAUGCAGGGGCUGCUCUGGCAGCAGCCAUGUUGGGGGCUGGAGGGGCCGCGGGGGCCAAAUCUGAAGCCAGAGGCAACGGCCUUCUGCCUGGAGGAGGGGGGCUUAUGGAGGAGAUGAGUGCCCUAUUGGCCAGAAGGAGAAGAAUUGCAGAGAAGGGCUCGUCACCUGAACCUGACCAGAGAUCAGAGGAGGGGGCCGAGAUCAACACAACCCCUAAAGUGUCAGCCUGUAGCACACCAGACAUGCCCAGGAAGCCAUGGGAAAGAACAAACACCAUGAAUGGUAGCAAAUCUCCAGUUAUUGGAAGACCUAAAUCCACUCCUACACCUACUGCAUCCUUAAGUGCCAACGGUGUGCCAACAGAAGCUGUUGACUAUGACAGAUUAAAACAGGACAUUCUGGAUGAGAUGAGGAAGGAGCUGUCAAAGCUAAAAGAAGAGCUCAUUGAUGCAAUCAGGGAGGAGCUGGGGAAGUCCAGCACGGCGUAGAGGAACCAAACUCCCUCUUCAAAACAUCGACAUCCACGUGACCCGACGGACAAAUCCCCGGCCAAUUUAAGACAUGACAGAACGGAAAAUAAAAUCAACAAACGGUGAUGAUGACAAUAAUCAUAUUAAUACUGAGAGAGGACAUUAUUGGAUAGAACAACAAUGGACAGGGUGGUGGUGGGAGGCUUGUAACUCUGAGAGCCUGCUGCCCCCGCCCCCUCCCACUGAGGGCAUCGCAUCCUGGAGGACAGUGUCUGAAACAGAAGCAAAUGUCUUUAUGCAAAGUAGAUUUCUCUCUCCUUGUCCUAUAACAACAAGAAAGAAAAAGAAACACAAAACAAUCUUGAACUCUUCUAUGAUUCUGUAUUAAUCAUUGGCGCAUAAGUGAACAGCAACGGUGAUGCUAAGAAUCAGAACUCUUGUGAUUUUAAAUGAAUGAAAAGGCACGUUUAAUUAAGAGAGUUUGGAGGCAGGAAGAAUGGGGGAUGGAAAAUAUCAACUUUUUUCCCAUAAUGCCAUAGGGGUAGGGUGCGUGCGUGCGUGUGAGUGUGUGUGUGUAUGGGGACUGACAGUCUCUGGUGAAGUCCACCACUGCAGGACACUGUAAAGCUUGUCUUCCUCAAAUACUAUUUUACCUGAAUAUGUACAAAGGAGAGAAAAAGUUAUUUAGAAAAAAGCAUCUAUCCACCAUGUCUGUUGCCGUGUAGAUCUACGGCCAUAUCAAGUAGCUCAAUAAUCCAAUCUUCUCUCGUCUGUGGAAUCAUAAUCACAAGUGCUGUUGUCUCCCGUCAUGUCUUGUCCAUGCUGUUGAAUGGCAGGUGGACGGACACGGAGGGCAGCUGCCAUUCACACGGCAGCCGUCCUAGCUCUCUACCAAACCUUCUCUGGCAACGCAAAGCGCUGAUUGGCUGAUACCUGUCAAGCUAGUUGACCAUGGUGACGUGACGUGUAGCUAGAACUGACUUUUCUUCCUGUACGUUUUGGUUUGAAGACUCUCUGGGUCUCUGUCAUAUUUAGGUACUCUGCAUGCAUGGUUGUUUUCUCUAAACGCUGAGGGUCACAAGUCUGCCACGGAAUGACAUUAGCAGUCACAAGUUUUAUAACAAGCAAUAAGUGUAGCAUCUAUUUGAAGGCCCACCUGUCCCAGUCCUAACACCACCAAACAUGUCUCCAUGUCUGUCUGUCCCCAUUGGACAAUGUUACUGUGGGACACCUCGCCACUUUUCGUCAACUUUAUCGCAGAUAUUCUGUGACCCUGAAGGCUGACAGGACACAAUACCAGAGCAACACUGUAAGACAUGAUUUCAUGGAAAAUCACCAUUUUUUUUGUCACAAUACUCUCCUUUUUGUUUUUGGUUCAUUUUCUAUAAAGUAUUCCAAGGA